CACUUGGCAGGAGAACUGUCACUCAGGCCCGGGCUCUGCCACGGGGCCACAGCAUCUGGAACCGCUGGAGCUCCCUGUACGGGCCACCAAAUUGUUACCACAAUUUUGCCAGUUAGAGCCACCUGCCACAAACGGCCAAUUCUUGAUACAGGGGUGAGGUGGGUGGGAAGAACUUUAUUAGAUUUACCAGUAUAUAGAGACAGAGGGGAAUGGUCUCCUCCUAAAGCUGUCUCCCUGGACUACAGGUCAGCUCCAGUUUUUAAGGGAAAGGGGCCGUAAGUUUUAGGGACUUGUGGAAUGUACAUUCUCUUUCUUCUAUUGGGUUUCGGUGGUCCUUUCUCAAACAUGUUGAUCUUUUCCUGCCAUUAUCCCAUUGGCUCAGGGGGUGGCUGGUGCCAUCCUUUGUCUUAUUUGAUAGGCUUAGAUCAAUAUCACUUGUUUUCCAUAGUCCUAGAGGAAACAUUGGCUAACACUUAACCUCUUGGGGGAGCUGACAUCGGGAUCUUACUUGGAGACAGGGAUGGCCUAGGGGAGGGAAAGGAGAGAAAGAAGGAAAAAAAAAAAAAAUUGGCUCAGGUACUUUUGAAGAUAUGGCUGAGCAGCCAUAUCUUCACCACCACUUCUGGCCACCUUCAGUGCUAAAGCUGUCUGUCUUUCUCUUGGUCCCCUGGUUCUAGGAGUUUCUCAGCACGGGGAUCCUGUGUCCAGCAGAAGCACUCAACUCUUGGCUCUUCUUCCUUGGUGGUGGUGAGAUCCUUUCUUCCCCACCUCUGGGAUGAUUCAUUUUAAGCCUAAUGGGAUGGCAACCUUGACCAAUCCCAUUGGUGGACCACGGUUACCUUAUUUGUCCAGUCCCACCCAAUCACUUGGUUGGAAGUUACAAGACCAUGGUAAGAAAGGCCACACAGAGGAGAUCCAUUACACCACACUGGCUAUAAUUCCAUCUGGGAAUGAGUUGUCUUUGUUAUGUUAAUGGACAGUAAUAGUAUAGGGUGUGUCUUGAGUCAAUCUCUUGAGAUAUCAAAGAGAUUAAACAAACAAGUGAAGUGGCAGAGGUGGGAUAAGAUAGAUGCCAAAACACAUGGACAUCUCCAAGGAACCGGGAAGCAGAGGCUGAAGAGACAAAAGACCUCCAGAAUCAGUGGAGACAGAAAGCCUUUCCCUAGAGCUGGCGCUCUGAAUUUGGACUUCUAGCCUCCUAAAUAGUGAGAAAAUUUUGUUUAUUAAAGGCAUCCACUUGUGGUAUUUCUGUUACAGCAGCAUUAGAUAACUAAGACAAUAACAAGGUAUGGUGAAAUACUGACUUUUUUUUGGAAACAUUAACUCAGGGCUGUGACUACAGUCAGGCAAUAGCAAAAUUUAAGGAGGCGCUCAUGCACAGGUUCGGGAAGUAUGCCUGAACAAACCCGAGUGUGAGUACCUCCUUAAAUUUUGCAUGUCUUCGUCAUCUCACUUUCCUCACUCUUAGUUUCAACCAGCUUUGACUAUCACCCUUCCCUGUGCCUUCUCUGUUUUUAAAGCAAGGCUGCAGCGCUUUGUUGGCCGACCCACAGCCUCUGCUAUGUUGCUGUGGGCUCCACUCAGCACCCUGGUCUGGGGCCCUAGCACUGUGUUCCUCAUCCUGAUCCUUCUGCUUGGACUGUGUGUGCGGAUCUGGCAGAGGUCUCAUCCCUGGGACCUCCAGCACUGCUCCACAGACCUAACUGGGAAGAUAGCAGUGGUAACUGGUGCCAACUCUGGUAUCGGGAAAGUUGUGUCCCAGGAGUUGGCCCGUCGUGGGGCCCGCGUGAUCCUCGCCUGCCGGAACCGAGAGCGUGGACAGCAAGCCCUAGCCGAGAUCCAGGAAACCUCAAGCAGCAAUCACCUGCUGCUUGGUGAGGUGGACCUCAGCUCUCUGGCCUCCAUCCGGAGCUUUGCCCAGUGGCUUCUGCAGGAAGAGCCUAAGAUACAUCUGCUGGUAAACAAUGCUGGAGUCUGUGGAAUACCCCAGAAGACACUUACUCCAGAGGGCCUGGAUGUCACCUUUGCCACUAACUAUGUUGGGCCCUUUCUGCUCACAAAUCUACUUCGAGGGGCCCUACAGAGGGCGGGGUCAGCCAGAGUGGUAAAUGUGUCUUCCUUUCGGCAAGCAUGUGGGUACAUUGAUGAGGAGCACUUGACAGGGGCUGGUGGCCCUUUGGCCUGGAACCAGAACUAUGACUGCAGCAAACUGCUGUUGACCUCAUUCACUGGGGAGCUUGCUCGGAGACUUCAAGGGACAGGUGUGACUGUGAACUCUGUGGACCCAGGUGUUGUAUACACGAACAUCAUGAGGAAUUUCUCUUGGGUAUACCGCUUCCUCUUCUGGCUCGUUAGCUUCUUCACCAAGGAUCCCAAGCAUGGUGCAAUCCCAGUCCUCUACCUGGGCUUGGCACAGGAGCUGGAUGGCAUUUCUGGAAAAUAUUUCAGCAAUUCCUGUGUGAUAACUCUUCCUGCUAAACCUGCUCAGGAUCCUCGUGUGGUUCAAAGCCUCUGGAAUGCCACAGUUCGACUAACAAACCUGGACAAGAUGGACUGACCCUCUGUGAGCCUUAUCCAAACUAGCCAUCCUCCCCUAGCUCCUAACCCUUACUCUGAUUAUGCCUUUUGUUUGGUGGCUCCAAGUAUCAAUCACCUUGUUAAGUACAAUGACUACUUUCUUUGCUUUUUGGCUCAGUGGCAUGAGAGACUGGAAUAGCCCGAAGACAGUUUCAACUUCCACUUUAUUGCCAGUUCUCCAACAGAAGCAUUCAUCCCUUGGGCACUAGGAUCUCCAGAUGGUGCUGAGUUGCAGGUUGUGAUAAUGGGGAGUGUCAGGGAUUGAAUUAUGUCCCCCCAAAAAUGUGUAUAUCCAACAGAAAACCCCUGAGGGAGCAGGAGAGCAGUGGGAGGCAGACCCCAAAUUCUCGUAAAAAGACCAGACUUAAUGGUCUGACUGAGACUAGAAGAACCCCGGUGCUCAUGGCUCCUCGACCUUCCAUUACCCCAGGACAGGAACCAUUCCCAAAGCCAACUCUUCAGACAGAGAUUGGACUGGACAAUGGGAUAGAAAAAGAUGCUUGUGAAGAAUGAGCUUCUUGGAUCAAGUAGACACUUGAGACUAUGUUGGCAUCUCCUUUCUGGAGGGGCGAUGAGAGGGAAGAGGGGGUUAAAAGCUGGCGGAAUGGACAGAAAAAGAGUGAAGGGAAGGAGAGAGCUGUCUCAUUAGGGGGAGAGCAAUUAGGAGUACAUAGCAAGGUGUGUAUAAAUUUUUGUAUGAGAGACUGACUUGAUUUGUAAACUUUUACUUGAAGCACAAUAAAAAUAAUAAAAAAAGUAUGUGUAUUAAUUUGGCUGGGCCGUGAUUCCUGUAUUGUGUAAUUUUCCCAUAUGUUGUAAAUCCUGCCUCUGCGAUGUUAAUGAGGGAGGACGGGCAGCAGUUGUGUUAGUGAGGCAGGAGUCAAUCUACAAGAUUGAAUUGUGUCUUGAGGCAAUCUCUUUAGAUAACAAAAGAAAUAAGUGAGAAGAGAGACAGGGGACUUCAUACCACCAAGAAAGCAGCGCCAGAAGCAGUGUGCAUCCUUUGGACCUGAGGUUCCUGCACUGAGAUGCUCCUAGACCAAGAGAAGGUAGAUGAUAAGGACCUUCCUCCAGAGCCAACAAAGAAAGCAAGCCUUCCUCUGGAGAUGAUGCCCUGAAUUUGGUCUUCUAGCCUACUAGGCUGUAAGAAAAUUGUUUUUUCUUUGUUAAAGCCAUCCACUUGUGGUAUUUCUGUUAUACAGGCACUAGAUGACUAAGACAGGGAAUAAAACCCCUCCAGUGAGUAUUAAUUUAAAAAAAAAAAAAUUUUUUUAUUAGUGAGCAUUAAGGGUACUGGUAAGAGAAGAAACUUCCACCUCCACCUCUUGGUUCUCAGGCCUGUGUUUCUUGGCUGUAGGAGAGACAGCACCAUA